CGGCGCUGGGAAUUCGAGAUGCUGCUGCCGUCGCCUGCGCUCCGCCGCGCCCUGCUGGCUUGCCCCUGGAGGGGCGCCUGGCUGCGGUGGCAGCAUGUCUCCUCCUUGAAGGUGUCCAACGAGCCCGUCUUGGCAUUUACGCAGGGCAGCCCUGAGCGAGAAGCACUGCAAAAGGCCUUGAAAGACCUUAAGGGCCAGACAGAAGCCAUCCCAUGCGUGGUGGGGGAUGAGGAGGUGUGGACCUCGGAUGUGCGGUACCAGGUGUCGCCCUUUAACCAUGGACACAAGGUGGCCAAGUUCUGUUAUGCAGACAAGGCCCUGCUCAACAAAGCCAUUGAGGCCGCCCUGGUUGCCAGGAAAGAGUGGGACCUGAAGCCUGUUGCCGACCGGGCCCAGAUCUUCCUGAAAGCAGCAGAUUUGCUGAGUGGGCCCCACAGGGCUGAGAUCCUCGCCAAGACCAUGGUGGGACAGGGCAAGACAGUGAUCCAGGCAGAGAUUGAUGCUGCGGCGGAGCUCAUCGACUUCUUCCGCUUCAAUGCCAAGUUCGCUGUGGAGCUGGAGGGCACGCAGCCCAUCAGUGUGCCGCCUAGCACCAACAGUGUGGCGUACCGGGGGCUGGAGGGCUUCGUGGCAGCCAUCUCCCCCUUCAACUUCACUGCAAUCGGUGGCAACCUGGCAGGGGCUCCAGCCCUGAUGGGCAACGUGGUCCUGUGGAAGCCCAGUGACACUGCCAUGCUGGCCAGCUAUGCUGUCUACCGCAUCCUCCGGAAGGCGGGUCUGCCCCCCAACAUCAUCCAGUUUGUGCCAGCAGAUGGGCCCUUGUUCGGGGACACCAUCACCAGCUCAGAGCACCUCUGUGGUAUCAACUUCACUGGCAGUGUGCCCACCUUCAAACACCUGUGGAAGCAGGUAGCCCAGAAUCUGGACCGGUUCCGGACCUUCCCACGCCUGGCAGGAGAGUGUGGUGGGAAGAACUUCCACUUUGUCCACCGCUCGGCCGACGUGGACAGCGUGGUGAAUGGGACCCUGCGCUCAGCCUUCGAGUACGGUGGCCAGAAGUGCUCUGCCUGCUCCCGCCUCUACGUGCCGAGCUCUCUGUGGCCGCAGAUCAAAGGGCGGCUGCUGGAGGAACACAGCAGGAUCAAAGUGGGCGAUCCUGCAGAGGAUUUUGGAACCUUCUUCUCCGCAGUGAUUGAUGCCAAGUCCUUUGGCCGUAUCAAGAAGUGGCUGGAGCAUGCCCGCUCCUCACCCAGCCUCACCGUCCUGGCUGGGGGCAAGUGUGACGACUCUGUGGGCUACUUUGUGGAACCCUGCAUUGUCGAGAGCAAGGACCCUCAGGAGCCCAUCAUGAAGGAGGAGAUCUUCGGGCCUGUGCUGACCGUGUAUGUCUACCCGGAUGACAAGUACAAGGAGACGCUGCAGCUGGUCGACAGCACUACAAGCUACGGCCUCACGGGGGCAGUGUUUGCCCAGGAUAAGGACAUUGUCCACGAGGCCACAAAGAUGCUGAGGAAUGCUGCCGGCAACUUCUACAUCAACGACAAGUCCACCGGCUCAGUGGUGGGCCAGCAGCCCUUCGGGGGAGCCCGAGCCUCUGGCACCAAUGACAAGCCUGGAGGGCCACACUACGUGCUGCGCUGGACCUCGCCCCAGGUCAUCAAAGAGACCCACCAGCCCCUGGGAGACUGGCGCUACUCGUACAUGCAAUGAGCUCACCCAGCGCUUCCCACCACCCACCUGUCUAUCUGUCCAGACG